AUAAAAAAAAAGAUGGACUCCAUGAAUACGGGAAUAAGCGUCACGUUGUGGCUGGCAAUAUGUAAAAAGGAAGUGAUUGUAUGACUGGCGCUGGUAUAAACAAAACAAGUUUCUGAAGAUAUAUUUAUAUUUGUUUUAUCCCAUGUGUCAGUAAGCCUGACCAUUGUACAUUUGCACACAUAAUUAUCAAUAAGAGGCGUGGGAGGACCGACGUAGGCAAAGUAAUGACUAAUUAAUGUUUUUGCCUGCCAAGCUCCGUCCUCUUCCUUUGCGCUCCUCCUCCAGAUGAUUUGUGUUCUGAAGUACUGUGAAGAUGGUGGAGUGUUCGAUAUGUCCGGGGCCCUUGUGGACCUUCUGUAUCAGUUUAUCUAUUCUCUUUGCCACACUAUGCUUUGGUCAGAUCCCAGGGCACAAGCAGUUAUAUCAGGAGACUAUCAUAGUGAAUGUAUCAACGUUGCAAGAAACAGAGAGAGUAAUAGAACAGGUCAUGUUUAAUGUCAGCUGUGAUCAAGGACAGAUUCAUAUAAAUGGAUAUCCUGUAAAUCGAGGAGUUACACGGAUAACAUGUAAAAUGGACAUAUUUGAUUAUAACAAUAUAAAUGAAUGGGAGGACCAGGCACACCAAGGGCUUGUGAGCUUACGUGUGUUUGUCCAGGAUAGGCCUGUGGAUUUGGAUCCUGAACGAACAAUGAUUGUUGUUCAAGAAGAAGUGGUUACAGUCAACGGGAAUCAGGUUCAACAGAAAGACGCAACUGAAUUGCAACUGGUAGUUAAUAAUGAAAUGAGGAUAAUAAAUCAUUCAAGUGUAUUCCUUGCACUAGAAGAAACUUUACUGUAUGCUAUCCCAAGGGGUAAUGAUGUCUAUUUUACAGUCCCUAACAUCGAAGAAACAGAUGAAAGUUCUCCCCAGCACACUACUGGUGAAUAUAACCUCAGGCAGAACACCACAGUGGAUGAAGAGCCAUUUCCUGGCAAGCUCCCAGAGACCCCAAUAAGGGCAGAGAUUCCAGCUUCUUCAUAUAAGGUGAUGUGUCAGUUUGCAGAAGAUUUGAGGGAGAAGCUCUGUUAUAUCUGGCUCAACUCCUACCCUGUGUUAAUGUACUUUGUCCAUGUUGUUGUUAUUGGGAUCAUAGGAGCUGCCAUUGUACUUGAAAUCCUCAAGACUGUGUAUCCUUCCCGGGAACGAAAGGGUAUUCUUCUCUCUAAUGAAAUUAAAGAUGCCCCAGUGUUUGUUCCUCUGAUGUCACCUGAUAUGGGGAAGAUGGAUAACUCACAAGACAAAGAAAAUAUCUUAUAAAUAACAAUAUAUUUUAGCGGUUGCGUUUUGUUGUCGGUAAAUGUCUACACUUGGUUGUACUGUCAUCCAGCAUGGUCUUUGUUUAGGGUGAUUACCUGAGUUAGACAUGCAGCUGACCCUAAAGCCAUAUACUGGAAGAGUGUACUUCAACUAUAUAAAAAGCAACAGGUAUAGGAAAACACAUCUCUACAGUGAUUGAACACUUUUCCUUAGCAAAAAAUAAAGUGAAAUGAGGUUAUGAAAACAAACACAGUGCUGAAAUUAUACUAUCAAAGAUUCAAGGUGUAAAAAUCUCCAUUUAUUAUCUAAUUUGAUUCAAUUCUAGGAUUUUUAUUUAAUGGUGAUGUUUUUUUCUCCCACUGUACCCGUAAGGAAUUAUAUUGUAAAUACAAUUAUAUAAAAUAUAUGCAAUUCUAAUUUCACAUUUAUCUUCAGAAAUAAUACACAUACAUACACAAACGGAAUAUAUAUAUAUAUAUAUAUAUAUAUAUAUAUAUAUAUAUAUAUAUAUAUAUAUAUAUAUAUGUAUAUAUAUAUAUGUUUCCUAUAAAAGUUAAGAUAUUACACUGAGCUAUCUCAAUCGGUAGUUGUCUGCUGGAUUUUGUAGUCCGUUAUAUUCUAGUUAAAUUUCCAGACAUUUAUUCCUUAUGGGCCAAACCCUACAAGAUAACUGAUAUGGCUGGAAAAAAAAAGUUCAUAGAGGAUUUAUUUUUAUAUGAUGAAGUCCACCUGCAUUUAUCAUAUUUUUUUAUUUUCUUCAAUCUGGUUCUGUGACGUGCUUUUGUGUAAAAAUUAUUACAGGCUCCCUAAUGAGAUUCAAGAUCUGUAACCUAGGUUUUCAGAAAGCUGCGGAUUGUCUAAACCAGUUAUUUAAUUUGCAGUAUUUACAGGUUACAGAAUUUGCUGUUUGGCCUCUUUAGUGAGAGUUGAACAAGUACAAUUUUUACACAAAAGCAAGAGAUGUUUAUCACCCUUUUUAAAUACAUUUGAAAGGAAUACAACUGACUUUUCAAAAUGGCUGUACAGUAAACAACUGUUUGUUACAUUUACUGUAAAACUGGAGUAUGGUUAAUGCUCUAUAAUCAAUAUUUUGACAACUUUGAUUCUAACUUAGACUUUAACACUUUAAUGAGCAAUAUUUAGUUUUUAAUCUUAAUUAUGUAAUUUGUUCCCUUGCUUUUACAACAAAGCUCGCUUCAAAAUACUUUAACCGCUUCAUUUCCUUUUUGUUAUAUUAUGGAGUGUAAUAUAAUUUAUUCUCAACUUGGAAAACAUGGAAUUGGAGAGCUUACUCACACACUUAUUUUCUUAGUAAAAUAGUUUUAAUUAAUCAUUUUUAUUGGUGUAGUUUAUAUGUCCUGUAUGCAGAAAAAAAUGUAUGCACUUAUUAAAGAUACAGAUAAAAACAUACUUGAUUUUUACUAGAAAGCCUUAUAUGGCAUCUUUGGUAUUCAUAUAUUCAUACUGUAAAACUACAGAAUAAGGUAAUAUAGCCUUAAAUAUUCUUUAUCCUAUAUUUAUUGAAAAACAACCAUAAAAAACGUUUGCCUUUCUUGGAAGAUGUAUAUGUUUCAAAUGUUGCCUUAGAAUGUUUGUUUUUUUCCAAUUUAAUAAUAUAUCAAAUAAAUACCACUCCUUUUCUCUACUGAUAUUGACAAAUUGAUUAACAUGUUUAAACAGUAAAAAAAUUUUUUUAAAAAAAAGGUAAACGCAUAAUGUGAUUCAAAUAGUUUUAAACUGAAAGAAGUUUAGCCCCAAGUACAAAACAAGCCAUGCUUGUUUUUGCAUUCAUUUUUGCACUUUCUUGUUGUUUUAAGAGCUAAACAACCAAAUGCUAUUUAUUUUAUCAUUGUGUUAAAUGGUUUUCUUGUUUGUUACAAAUCCAAUUGGCAAAUUACUUAAUAAAAAAGUAGGAUCAUUUUGUAUUCA